UCUGUACGGGCAACGCCGGCUCACAAAACAAGGCUUCCCCAGAUACUCCACAGCGAGUGUCUCACUUCCAUGGUGACGAAUCCAAACUGGAGAUCAUCGGCGCUCUUUUCAAACCCCUUUACCGCGGAAACAUGUUAACUCACGAGUUGUUGAUUAAAUUACUUUAACGGAGAACAAAAUAUAAUGUCACAAAUAACGUAGAGCGAGUUAUUGGCCCAAGUGAGACAUUAAUGUCGGUGAUGUAGAACCAAGUUGACGUUACUCAGGUUAGCUGUCAAGAAAGCAGUGUUCUUUCAAGCAAGAACCACAUCAAAUCGCAGCAAUGAACAGCGCAGAGAGGAAAUUCGUCAAUUUGAGGAAGCGUCUGGAUCAGCUGGGCUACCGACACCCACUGGGAAUAGAGUCCCUGCCACUAGUGGAGAAACUAUUCAGUGACCUGAUCCACACAACAGAAAGCCUGCGCAAUGCCAAACUGUCAGCAGGGAAAACUGAGAAAGAGAGUCGAAACGUUGAUGCUCUUCUGGAACCAUACAGGGCAGAGAAUGCCCGGGUGGUCAGGGAGAACAAUGAGUUGCAUCUUGAACUUCUCAAACUGAAGGAGGAGAAGGAUCGCUCCAGCAGAGAACUCAAGGCCCACAUCAGAAAACUGGAUCACGAGACAUCGGACCUAAAGUUUUUAAAUAAUCAGUAUGUGCACAAAGUUCGCUGCUUGGAGAAAGAUAGCAAGGCUAAAGCUGAGCGCAUUCAACAGCUGCAGGAGAAGAACAUGCAAGCUGUGGUGCAGACACCAGGUGGAAAGAAGCGCAGCAUUCCCUUCAGACGUCAGAGAAUGCAGAUUGAUGAGCUCAUACCUUCCUCCUCUACGUCAGCUUAUCCUGUGUCGCAGCCUGAUGAUCCGUACAUAGCUGACCUACUCCAGCUGGCAGAUGGAAGAAUUCAUGAACUACAGGAAGAACUCACAAAAGUCAAACUAGACCUGGAAAAUGCUCAAGAACUUAUAAAACACUUAAAUACUCAGGUGGAGGAGAGGGACAAAGAGGUUGAGCGUAUGAAUCGUGCUCUCCACGGAGGACGGCCUUAUGAUGUCAUUUCCCUCGAAGCUCAGAACAUCAGCAACGAGAAAAUGAUCUCCCAUCUUAACCUUCAGAUUGAAUACCUACAGGAGGCCAACAGGACGCUGGAUCAGAAGGUAGCAGGACUGCAGCAGAAGAAGAAGGAUGCCUCCACCGAAGUGGCCAAUCUUUCUUUAAAGAACCUGGAACUGUGUGAAGAGCUGACGCACAUAGACGACCUCGCGAAGCGGCUGGAGAUGGACAAGGACCACGUGUUGGAAACUGCUGAAAUGGAACUGCAAGAAACUAAAAAAGAAAUUCAAAGACAACAGAAAAUUAUUGAAGACUUGGAGAACAUUAUAACACAAAUAAGAAGGGAGCAAUCUGAAGGUGAUUUUGAAAAAGACCGUCUCAGAGAUCAGCUGGUGGAGCUCAAAGAGCAGAAUGAGAAAAUGGAGGGACUUGUGAAUUUCCUGGAGGAGGAGAAAAUCAGGCUGCAGGACAAAAUGGAGAAAAUGAUGGCUGCUGACAAAAGCCUGGUGCUAGAGUUGGAGGCCAUUCGGGCAAAACACGGGAUUUGUGGAAGGGAACGCUCCCCAUCGCGGCUGGAUGCAUUUGUCAAGAGUCUAGAGGAAGAGAGGGAUCACUAUCGCCACGAGGCCGAGCGCUACAAAAGAGCCAGAGGGGCUGGCGGCAACGAUUCGAGCCCCGUUCGUAGUCCAAGCAGGGGCAGGAGUCCGUCCAAAGGAAGGGGAGGUGUUGCAGAGCCAGAAGUGCUUCGAUUAGUAAAGGAAAGAGAUGAGCUUCGGGCUGCUCUGCUGGACUUUGAGAAGCACAUGGAGGACAUCCAGAACAAUGUGAAGGCUCUCAGCUCUGAGAAAGACCAUUUCAAAACCCUGUUUAAACAAGCUCAAGAGGACUUGAAGCGGGCCCGUGACUCGGAUAUGACAGCUGACCUUAGGAAACUGAAGGAAGAGAUAAAACAGGCUGACAUCAGAAUCCAGCAGAUGGCUGCUGAAAGAGACACACUGAUGGAGAGAUUAGAGGUCGCCCAGACUUCAGCUCUCGCAGACAGACAGGGAGAGGAGAGGAGGAUUUUUGACCUGGAGAAUGCCGUUAAGAGUUUGGAGCGGGAGAGACGGGACCUGCAGUCACAGGUGUGUCUGCUGAAGGAGAACAAGGCGGCUGUGGAGGAGGAGCUGAAGGUUCGCUGUUCUGCUCUGGUCCACAAUGCAGAGGAGGUUUCUCUUCAGAGGGCCGAGUCUAAUGCUCUCAGGCUGCUGCAGGAGCAGAUGGAGCAGUCACUGUCUGAUACCCAACACAGGCUGUCUGUGAAGAUGAAUGAGCUGCAUGCUGCCCGGGAGCAGAUUGAGAAACUGGAAGAGACAAUAGGGGAGCUGAGUCAGAAGAGCUCCAAGCACAAGGAGGAAGCGGCUGUUCUUCAGAAGUCCAUCUCUGCUUUAGAUAGAGAGAAAGAUGCUCUGCAAGACGAGGUGGAUCUAAAGACUGAAAAACUGGUUGUUGUUCAGGAGGAGCUGUCCAGAAAGGACCAGACCCUUAAAGAUGUGAGAGUCACCGUCACAAACAUGGACAACUCACUAGCUCAGCUGCAGGGGGCGUUAAACAGCCGCGAGAGGGAGAUAACCAGCCUGAGGAGGCAGCUGGAUGCUUGUCAGGAGGAGCUGGCUGGACUCAGAAGAGACAAAGAAAUCACAAUCAGAGAGAACCGGAGGCUGCAAGAUGACCUGGCUACAAUGACCCGAGAGAACCAAGCGGUUCAUGUGGAGAUGGAGGAGGCGUUGCAUGAGAGGGAUGAGUUGAAGUUGAGGGUCCACUCUUAUAUUUCUGAAGUGUCAAGAAUAGAGAAAUUGAUGGCCACAAAGGAGCAGGAGAACAGGGACUUGCUGGAGCGUUUCAGGAUGGCCCACUCUGGGGUGGAGGAGCGAGAGCAGAAGUUGCAGCAGGCUGAAGGCCUUAAUAACUCCAUCCGCAUGGAGCUGCUCUCUUCAGACUCAGAGCGCAGAAACCUUCGGGAUAUUGUCAGCCACCAGGGGAGAGAAAUCCAACAGCAUGUGCAGGCCCUGCAGGCUUAUGAGGCCCAGGUAUCGUCGCUGGUGCGUGGGAUGUCCCGACUAGAGGAGGAGCUACAUAAAGCACAGGAGGAGAAGGCCACGCUCGUCGCGGAUCUGGCAUCCGUCAGGGAGCUGUGUGUCAAACUGGACUCUGGCAAAGAGCUCACAGCACGCCAGCUCACCUCCAGGAGCAUGGACCUAGAGAGGGUAACAGGAGAACUGGAGGAUGUUCAGUCAGAGGCAGAAGUACUUAAGAAACAACUGGCCAGUGAGAGGCUGACCGUGCGUAACCUCGAGACACUUCUUUCCACCAAUCGGCACAAGGAGUUCCAAACCCACCUGACAGCCAGUGAGAAAGAGUCGGAGCUGAAGGUCCUACGUGAUAGGCUGACCCUGGCUGACAGCAAAACUGCGGAGCAUGCCAGGGAGGUGUCGCAGCUCCGCGGUAAAGUCUCUCAACUGCAGACGGAGAUGGACGUUCUAAAAAGACAGUUAAUCACUGAGCGCUUUGAACGUGAAAGGGCAGUUCAGGAGAUGCGCAGACAGGGUGUGUCCUUCUCUUCCCUGCAGAGUUCGUCGUCCCUCGAAAUCUCCUCUGGUUCUCAUCACACCUCCCCAGAACGCCCCAUCUUACGAGCUGUGAACCGCUCCACUGACAAGUCAGCAGACAAAAGUGUGAGCUUCAAGGAUUAACGGCCAGAGAGACAGACAAAAAAGGAUUUGAUGAGUGAGUCAAAUGAGAAUCUGCCAAAGUCUUGGCAUUCAUUGGACUGUGUCCUACCUUAGUGCAACCUUAUGUACCUAUCCAGCCUCAGGCACUCACUUCUUACAACUAAUGACAGUGCUAACAUUCAAACAAAUUAUUUUUUUAUUUCCAAACAUGCAACUUCUCAUUGUCUCCACUAACAGAACUGGAUGCAAAGUGUCCUCUCUGUCAGUACAUUGGUGCCUCUAAAAGGAAUUUGUCUCUCAGCAACUAUAACCUCCAACAUGUAGCAAAAGAAGUAUUCGUUCAACCCUGUGGUUAUGUGUAUUAUG